GGUAUCCCGGAAUACCCCGUGGGAGCUGGUCCUGGACUGGCCUUCAGAGCCGAGCAGAGGACGCUGCUUUGGGCCCCAGAGCAUGGGAAGGUCUCGGCUGCGGUCUGGGACCUGCUUGGAGGGCCCCGGGCCUGCGGACGCUGGGGAGCGGUUGCCGGGCAACAGUGCGGGCGGCCUGGCCUCUUUGCGCCCGGCGGGCAGCGCGCGUCUGGGGCGGGCUCGGCGCGGGGCUCGGGCACAGGCCCCCGCUGCCGCAGCCCUACCCAGUGAAACACCGAGGGCGGCGUCGCUUCGCCGUCACCUGGCUCUGGCCCUCUCACUCUAGCGUGGGGGUGACACUGGCCAGGCAGUGAGGACCCUGAGAUCCAUGCCCUGGGAGACAGGGGUUGUCUCCUGUCCCUGCACCCGCGUGCCUGCCUUCUAACCCUCAUACCGUUGGGCAGGUUAAUUCACUGGACUGGGCCUCUGUUCCGUGGGAGUUGAAAAGAUUUGACCUGGAAGAAGCCCUACCGAUCAUUCAGUUAAGCCGCAACCCCACCCCGUUUUAUAUAGGGAUUCCGGUUCACAAUGGAUGCUGAUCAAGAGAAAGAUCUGCAGAAAUUUCUUAAAAAUGUGGAUGAAAUCACCAAUUUAAUUCAGGAGAUGAAUUCUGAUGACCCAGUUGUGCAACAGAAUGCUGUCCUGGAGACAGAAAAGAGACUGCUGCUUAUGGAGGAAGACCAGGAGGAGGAUGAAUGCAGGACCACCUUGAAUAAGACUGUGAUCAGUCCUCCACAAACUGUUGUGAAGAGUGCCGAAGAAGUAAACUCAGUAUUUGGAUUUUUCUUUUUAAUAUCUGAAAUUACCCUGCUGUCAGAGGCCUUCUUGGCAUCUGUGGAGAAGGAUGCAAAGGAACGAGCCAAGAGAAGAAGGGAAAACAAAGUCUUAGCAGAUGCCCUAAAAGAAAAAGGGAAUGAAGCAUUUGCUGAAGGCAAUUAUGAAACAGCUAUCCUGCACUAUAGUGAGGGUUUGGAGAAGCUAAAGGACGUGAAAGUGCUGUACACCAACCGAGCCCAGGCUUAUAUGAAACUUAAGAACUAUGAGAAGGCGCUGGUGGAUUGUGAAUGGGCUCUCAAGUGUGAUGAAAAAUGCACAAAAGCAUAUUUUCACAUGGGAAAAGCCAACCUGGCCCUGAAGAACUACAGUGUGUCUAGAGAGUGUUAUAAGAAGAUCUUAGAAAUAAACCCCAAGCUGCAAACCCAGGUGAAAGAUUACCUGAAUCAAGUAGAUCUUCAGGAAAAAGCAGACCUUCAAGAAAAGGAAGCCCAUGAACUGCUGGAUUCAGGAAAGAACACAGCUGUGAACACCAAGAACCUCCUGGAGACCCUUUCCAAGCCUGACCAGAUCCCCUUGUUCUAUGCAGGGGGGAUUGAGAUCCUGACUGAAAUGAUAAAGGAGUGCACAGAACAAACUUUAUUCAGAAUGCACAAUGGAUUUAGUAUCAUCAGUGACAACGAGGUCAUAAGAAGGUGUUUUUCCACAGCAGGAAAAGAUGCAAUUGAAGAGACGGUCUGUGUGUCUGUUCUCAAGCUCUGGCAAGCAGUGUGCUGUGGGAACGAGGAAAAUCAGCGUGUGCUAGUGAUGCACCCUGACAGGGCCAGGCUGUUGGCCACCCUCUUGUCCUCCAAGGUCCUGGCCAUCAGGCAGCAGAGCCUUGCCCUGCUGCUACAGCUCGCCCAGACUGAGAGCGGACGGAGCCUGAUCAUCAGCCACCUUGACCUUACCAGAUUAUUGGAAGCCCUGGUGUCAUUUCUUGAUUUCUCGGAUAAGGAGGCCAACACUGCUAUGGGACUGUUCACAGACUUGGCUCUGGAAGAAAGAUUCCAAGUCUGGUUCCAGGCCAACCUUCCAGGUGUUCUCCCUGCACUCACAGGCGUUCUGAAGACAGAUCCCAAGGUAAGCAGCUCCUCAGCUCUGUGCCAGUGCAUUGCCAUCAUGGGAAACCUCAGCGCUGAGCCUGCCACCCGAAGACACAUGGCAGCCUGUGAGGAAUUUGGGGAUGGCUGCUUGAGCCUCCUGGCCAGAUGUGAGGAGAAUGUGGACCUGUUCAGAGAGGUUAUCUACACACUCCUGGGACUCAUGAUGAACCUGUGUCUUCAGGCUCCCUUUGUCUCUGAGGUUUGGGCUGUGGAGGUGAGCAGAAGGUGCCUGUCUUUACUAAACAGCCAGGAUGGAGGAAUCCUGACAAGAGCUGCUGGUGUUCUGAGCCGGACCCUUUCUUCCUCUCUGAAAAUUGUUGAGGAGGCCUUGCAAGCAGGAGUGGUAAAGAAAAUGAUGAAAUUCCUGAAGACAGGAGGCGAGACUGCAUCACGUUAUGCUGUAAAGAUACUAGCUAUCUGCACGAAUAGUUACCACGAAGCUCGGGAAGAAGUAAUAAGACUGGAUAAAAAGUUGAGCAUGAUGAUGAAGCUGCUCAGCUCGGAGGAUGAGGUUCUGGUGGGCAACGCUGCCCUCUGCCUUGGUAACUGCAUGGAGGUGCCCAACGUUGCAUCUUCCCUGCUAAAGACAGACCUCCUGCAGGUCUUGUUAAGGCUCGCAGGCAGUGACACACAGAAGACGGCCGUGCAGGUGAACGCAGGCAUUGCUCUGGGGAAGCUGUGCACAGCUGAGCCCAGGUUUGCUGCUCAACUGAGAAAGCUUCAUGGCCUAGAAAUUCUCAACUCUACAAUGAAAUACAUCAGUGAUUCUUGAGAGAUACGGUGUCUGUGUGCAUUUAGGGAACACACAAAUGCACACUACGGGUUGUUCCUAUGCUAAUAAAGACCUUUGAUAUAUCCACUUCA